GUUACUGAUAGUGUAACUAAACUCUCUUAGUCUGAGCAGAGACGGACAGAGGUAGUGAUGCAGGACACAGAAGACGGAGAACAUGACUGAGUCUGCACUCAAGUUUGCUUUGUUGAAGUGUUGCUCUUCAGUUUUUGUAUCUUGGUGUUGAGUUUGAUGAUGGAGCCCCAACGGCAGAUAUACAAAAGACCAGACAUCCCGGAUCAUGUGCACUACAUCAUCGCCUUCCUCAUCCUCAUCAUCGGCACUUUGGGAGUCACGGGCAACGCUCUGGUCAUGUUCGCCUUCUACAGUAAUAAAAAGUUGCGGAACCUGCCAAAUUAUUUCAUAAUGAACCUGGCGGUCAGCGAUUUCCUCAUGGCCAUCACACAAUCUCCAAUAUUCUUCAUCAACUGCCUGUAUAAGGAGUGGAUGUUUGGGGAACUUGGAUGUAAAAUAUAUGCAUUCUGUGGCGCACUGUUUGGCAUCACCUCGAUGAUAAACCUGUUGGCCAUCUCUAUCGAUCGCUACCUGGUCAUCACCAAACCGCUGCAGACCAUCCAGCGGAACUCCAAACGCAGAACCUCUCUGGCCAUCCUGUGCAUCUGGCUUUACUCUCUGGCCUGGAGUCUGGCACCUCUGAUUGGCUGGAGUUCCUACAUCCCUGAAGGUCUGAUGACAUCAUGCACGUGGGAUUAUGUCUCGCCGUCUCCCGCCAACAGGAGUUACACCAUGAUGCUGUGCUGUUUUGUCUUCUUCAUCCCCCUGGCCAUGAUUCUCUUCUGUUACCUGUUCAUGUUCCUCUCUGUACGACAGGGCAGCAGAGAUCUAGAAAGGCUGAGCUCUCAGAAGUCCAGCUUUGUGAAGCACCAGUCCAUGAGGAGUGAAUGGAAACUGGCUAAAAUAGCAGCUGUGGUCAUAGUCGUGUAUGUUUUGUCCUGGGCUCCCUACGCAUGCGUCACCCUCAUCGCCUGGGCAGGGCAUGCAAACAUCCUCACGCCCUACUCUAAAACUCUACCGGCGGUCAUCGCCAAGUCAUCGGCCAUCUACAACCCUUUCAUAUAUGCCAUAAUUCACAACAAAUACAGAGCCACGUUAGCUGAGAAGGUACCGGGUUUGUCCUGUCUAUCUCGCUCUCAGAAGGACUGUCUCACCUCCUCCACCAAUAGCGAUGCCUCCAGUGUCAGCAGACAGUCAUCCGUCUCCAAGAACAAACUCCACACUGCCAACGACUCCUGUGCUAUGGCAAUGAGAGAAGUGGAGCUGGACCUGAUAGAGAACAGGUCGAAAGUGUCUAAAGUGUCAUUUAGAAGCUCUUCUAGACGGCGGAUCCUCAAAUGCUCCUCACUGCUGAUAGAGAAGCCUCCUGUACAGAUGAGAGAGUCGCUCAGUCUAUGCGAGAAAGAUCUCGUCUCCGGUUCCCUCGCCAUGGCAAGCGCACCGAUGGUCAUUUACACUAAAAAGAGUAGGAGUGCUGAAAUGACCUCUGACCUUCCAUUUAACCCUAAGAAUGAGUCCGUGACCCACAGCUCCUCGUACGCUCCCACAAUCAUCAUUAGUCCAGCCUCAGAGAGCAACUUGAGAGAAGAUACAGUUGGAGAAGAAAAGUCUGGAUGUCAGGACUCAAGGAACUUAAUGUUCAACCUCACAAACAUCAACUGUCCGGCAGAGUUAAUGGAGGGUAUGGAGAGAUUUCUCACAUGAAACGAGCAGCACUGAUCUGAGACUGUUAAAUAAACUCUGGUUUUAACUAGAUGAGCAUUUCAUGAAGAAAACAGCAGCAAAUUAACAACGUUAAAGUUUUAGGUAACUUACGGUUCAGUGUAAAUGAGAGGUGAAAUUAGAGGUGCUUUUUUGUGUACGUCAAUCAAAAAUUAUUUAUCUUUAUUGAUAAUUUACGAUUUUUACGAAGUUUUUUUUUUGUUUGUUUGUUUGUUUUUUUUUAAUUAAAAAUCAUAUAUUUGUACUUUCCACAUGAAUCUCACUGAUCAGGAAAAUUUCUCCAUGCAUAGUGACAAACAGGUUUUUAGGAAAGUGGUGUGGUGGUGUUUAUUGAUUAGUGUUGUGGAAGAAAAUAAAAUCUAAAUAAAAACUGUGUUUUUGUUUUUGUCUUGUUGUCUAAAAUAUUUAGUAUGUGUGAUUUUAAAGGUACACUGUGAACCUUUUGGCCAUCUAGCAAAACAAAACCAUGCAUUUUGCGGAAAAACAUUGUUUUGGUUGUGCUUUGGCUCUGUGUGACUGUGCAGAUAAAUAUGGUUC